UCUUGCAGUCGCUUCGUCAAAUAUAUGUAGAAGUUGAACUAGUUUUUGCGGGCUGAGGAAGGCAGUGUAGCAUGGCGGUGCCUUUCGUGCAGGACUGGGACCUGGUACAGACUUUGGGAGAAGGAGCUUAUGGAGAAGUGAGGCUGCUGGUGAACAGACAGACGGAGGAGGCGGUAGCAGUGAAGGUGAUUGAUAGCUCGCAGGCUAAAGAAUGCGCUGACAAUGUCAAGAAGGAGAUCCUCAUCCAUAAGAUGCUCAACCACCGCAACAUUGUACGCUUUUUUGGCCAUCGGAAAGAAGGACAGACUGUGUACCUCUUCCUGGAGUACUGCACAGGAGGAGAGCUGUUCGACCGAAUCGAGCCUGAUGUGGGGAUGGCAGAGAAAGAUGCUCACAAAUUUUUCCAGCAGCUAAUCGGGGCUGUGGAGUACCUCCACAAUUCUGGCAUCACCCACAGAGACAUAAAGCCAGAGAACAUUUUGUUGGAUGACAAAGAUAACCUGAAGCUGACGGAUUUCGGCCUGGCGACUAUGUUUCGGUUCAAAGGGCAGGAGCGUCUUCUGAAUCGACUCUGUGGGACUCUUCCCUACGUGGCCCCGGAGCUUCUCAGCCAAACAGAGUACAAAGCUCAGCCUGCAGACAUCUGGGCUUGUGGGAUCGUCCUCACUGCCAUGUUGGCUGGAGAAUUGCCAUGGGACCAGCCCUCUGAAAGCUGUCAGGAGUAUUCUGAUUGGCUCCAGAAGAUAACGUAUUUACCUCCUUGGAAGAAAAUACAGCCAAUGCCUCUUAGUUUGUUGUCUAAAUUACUACUGGCCAGUCCAGACGCACGCAUCGACAUUGCAGCAAUACAGAAAGACCGCUGGUUCACUCAAGGCGUAAAGCAACCUCCGACCUCUCUGAGCUCAGCAGGGAACAAACAGCUCAAAUCUGAUGUAGGAGUCAUAUCCCGAGCCAACAGUGAUGACAGGAUGCAGUUCUCCAGCUCCCAGCCUGAUCUUGCAGCAGGCGGCUGGGAGGCCAUGUUGUUAAUAGGUCAAACUGACGGUCAAGUCAGCUUCUCCCAGCCGACCAAGCCUGAGCACAUGUUGCUGGGUAGUCAGCUACUGGCAACACCGGGAGCCAGUCAGACACCAUGGCAGAGAUUAGUGCGGAGAAUGACUCGUUUCUUCACCACUGUAAAUGCUGAUUCCUCCCUCACUGCCCUCAAAGAAGUCUGCGAGGGCCUGGCACUUGUCUUCAAACUCAGCUGCACCAAACAGGUGACGGUGAGCACACUUGACAAACGCAACAACAAACUCAUCUUCAAAGUCCAUUUGCUAGAGAUGAAUCAGAGAGUACUGCUGGACUUCAGACUGUCUAAGGGUGACGGUCUGGAGUUUAAACGUCUCUUCGUGAAGAUAAAGCAGAAGCUCGGUGACAUCAUCAGCACCCAGAAGAUUUUACUCCCCAUCACAUGAACUGCCACAUCUUCUCAGCCUCUGGUGUCUACGAACGAUCAUGAGCUGAAAAACUGUAUAUAUUUAGCUGUUACUUUUAAAUU